UUAAAUAGUGAUAAUAACAUCCUCUUAAUUUAUGCAAAGAGUAUUCGAGUAACAUCUGGGUAUUAGGGAAAUGAAAUAUAUUAAAGUAAUCGCCGGCCGACUGUUUUGCAUAUUAAUUCAUAAAUAUUCCAUGAGGUACCAUAUGCUGUUGUGAAACAAUGAAGGCCCUGGUAAGCUUGCUGUCGCUCAUCCUAUGCCUUAAAAUUUCAUCUAGUCAAGUUUCUGAAUUGGAUCAAGACUGGCAACCAACAUGUCCAGGCCUUCAUCCUUACGAAUACAAAGGUUUUACACCGCGAGGUAAUUUGAGUUCCGGUAUUUUCCGAGAAAUAAAAGUGACCGGAAUUGAACAAUGCAUCCUAACAUGCUGCAAGCGACCAAGUUGCAACAUAAUUUUGAUGCACAAUGAUACCUGCUAUCAUGUCCAAUGUGUAAGUAAUGUCCUAUGCACUCCGCUCAUUCGGCCUGACAAAGCUAAUGCAAAUGGGCCACCACCUAGUAUGGUGUUGGUUAGGCCAGUUAAGGACAAUGGCCCAUGGAGCGAUUGGCUGAACAUUAAUGACGAUGCAAAUGCCUAUUUGAUGGAUGGUGCGGAGCAAAAUGAAUUUACGUACAGAUCAGAGGGUACACUUUGUGAGACUACGAUACAGGAUUGCGGUGAAAAUGAAAUUUGUAUGAAACAGGAUGAGAAGUCUAUCUGUCAUUGCGUCUUGGGUUAUGAAAGAAACAGACAAGGAGAUUGCAAGCUAAUCAAUGAGCCUGAACCCUUUGAGCAGACAGUAACUACAAAUAUCGGUCAAGCCAAGUUGACUAAACAGUCCAGCACAUCUGUUAAACCGCCAUUGAAGCAACUAUUAGUCAAAGCUGUAUCAAAAGAAGUCCGACUUCCUGAGAACGAGGUCACAUUAUCUGCAUAUACUGUUGCUACCGACCAGGCCGAUGAAAAUUAUAAUUAUGUCUGGAGUCUGCUUAGUCAACCAGAUGGCCAAUCUGGAGAUAUGGAGGAUCAAAAUCGCAUGACAGUUAAAUUGAGUCACCUUUCUGAAGGCUUGUAUAUGUUUAAAGUUGCCGUGAGUAGUCCUAACGCCUAUGGAGAAGCGUACGCCAACGUCAGUGUCUUACCACCCCAACGAGUAAAUCAGGCACCAAUCGCCGUGAUUUCACCCGCAUCACAAGUGGUCAAACUACCGAACACAGGUGCUGUGCUAGAUGGUUCCGCAAGUACAGACGAUGAUAAAAUCACUUUGUAUCGCUGGGAGUUACAACAGGGCCCUAUCGGAUAUCAACGUCAGCCUCUCGAUACUUCCAUAGUCCAAUUGAAUAAUUUAAUUGCCGGAAAUUAUACAUUCAAAUUGACGGUCGAGGAUUCAGACCACGUCACCAAUUUUACAACAGCUAAUAUAACAGUGUUGAAAGAAAUUGACUAUCCCCCAAGUGCGAAUGCUGGUCAGGAUAUCAUCAUUCAUUUACCUCAAAACACCAUCACUCUAAAUGGAAACUUGAGUACAGAUGAUAGAGGCAUUGUCAGCUGGGAAUGGACAAAGAGCCCAAUCAAUCAAAACAAAGUUGCAGACAUGCAGUACACCCGAACUCAAUACUUAGAAUUGUCAAAUUUAGAGGAGGGAAUGUAUACGUUCGUUUUGAAGGUAACUGAUGAAUCUGAACAAUCCUCUACUGCGGAAGUUCAUGUUUUUGUAAAACCGCCGACCAACAAACCCCCUAAUGCUGACGCUGGUGAGGAUAUAAUUAUCGCUUUGCCUGAGACGCGCACAACACUAAACGGGAACAAAAGCAAAGACGACAACAAGAUAGCAGCAUAUUCGUGGGAGCAAAUAAAUGGUCCGAACCAAGUAACUUUUGCUGCUGCAAAUGAAUCUGUAACUAAUAUAACUGGGCUGACAAAAGGGGAAUAUACUUUCAAACUGACUGUCGUUGAUGAAGAUGGUAACAAAGAUUCAGAUACUAUCACAGUCACUGUCACACAAAACAAAAACGCUGCGCCAAAAGCUAAUGCUGGAGGCGAUCAAGUUGUUGUGGAACCUAUCAAUAUAAUAGUGAUCAAUGGAUCAUUGUCUACUGACGAUCUCAGGAUAAAACAGUGGCUGUGGACCAGAGACCCAACUAGUCUGGCUAUUGGUACUGUCCUAGAAGGAACUGACCAGUCUCCAAUUCUAAUGUUAUCCGAUGUUGUACCUGGCCGUUAUGUGUUCAGCUUAAAAGUUACCGAUGAUCAAGGAUUAAACAGCGAAGAUACAGUAUCAGUAAUCGUGAAACCAGAUCCCCAUUUACUGAACCUGGUCGAGUUGACUUUGAACGUAGAGGUACGACUCCUUACAAAAUCUCAAAAAGAUUCUUUGAUUGUGAAACUCCAAAUGCUGCUUCAUGACGGAGCAAACAUCGUGGUACGCAAUUUAAGAGCAGAGCCUCGCACAGGUAGAGCUGUUCUAGUGUUUUAUGUUGAUAAAGAUGGAGGGAAGUCUGUGCUAACUGGACCAGAAGUUGUUCAAAGAUUGAGAGAAAAGCUAGCGCAAGAUUCCGGUCUGCUGCAGUUAUCGGUAUCUAGUGUGGAAACUGCUAUUUGCCAAAACAACUGUUCAGGACAUGGGGUCUGCGAUCAAGAAAGUAGACAGUGCCUGUGUGAAGCCUUUUGGAUGCAGAAUUUGAUUCAAAAAUAUUUUGGCAAUGGUGAAUCCAACUGUGAUUGGAGCAUUUUAUACGUCAUAAUAGCUCUACUCUCAUUGGUGACAUGCUGGGUGGGCUGUAUAUGGGGACUAUUAUGCUUAAUGCAACGAGUAUGCCUUGGUAAACGGCGUUCAAGUAGGCCUAAAAAAAAACCAGCGCGCUACUCUCUUCUUCAAGGAGAACCGGAAGAUGAAACAAGUUCAUUUUCGACGCACAAUAAAAUGAUGCUAUCAGAAUCCGAUACAGAUUCUGACGAUGUAUUAUUUGAAAGUCGUAAAGGGAGGAGUAAUGGUCAUUUGAGAAAUGGAAAGUCACGAAAUGGCUUCAUGAAAAUGGGUCCUAGGGUAAAAACAUGAGCCAAAAAUAUCAACAACUGAGGCUGUCCGUUUGAUCAUUGAAGUAAUUAUCAUGAAUCAGAGCGAACAACUUAGUCAGCAAAGCCUCGAAAGACAAUGAUUAACCUACGCCUACACAUUAAGGUUUUGCUAAGACUGACUGUUGAAAACGAGGUAUUAGUUGCUAUGAUGUUCACCGAAUACAUGUUCGAGGUGUAACUUACUUAGUGUACUUGAAAGACGUGAUACAUAACCAUUGUACAUUUGAUUAAGAGCUUUUAUUAAUAUUUAAGAGUACUUUAGAUGUUUUGAAGAGUGUGAUCAGCACAGUGUUUUAGCGCAAGUUUUAGUAUCAUGUGACCAUACAAUAAUACGUGACCCAAUAAAAGUAUGAGUUCAAGUAUGCACCAGGUUUGCAUAUUCAAUCAAUCAACGCUGACACACACACGCACUUUUGAGUUGCAAAGCGAGCAACAAAGGUAGAAAUAUAUUUGUACAGAAUAUGACUAUCCAGAUAUAAAUUAUCCAGUCAUUUGGAUGGGAUUCGCUUUUGGAAAUUUAUAUUGGCAGCAGGAAGAAAUACAUCGAAACUAAAACUUUAGAAAUCAACGAAAGGUGAAUUAAUUUUUAUUAAAUCAAACAAUCCAUGAGAAGAAUCUGGUUUUUUUAAGAAAUGCAUUUCAAUUCCAACUGCGGCAAAUAUUUAAUGGCAUUCAUUAUGAUUCAUCGCCCAAUUGUUGCGUAUAGUUGAAAAUAAGGGUAAGGGUAUGCAAAAAUAAUAUGCACUACAACUGGACUUCUUGCCCAAAGCAAUGAAUUUUUGUAGUUAUACGGGAAAAAAAUCUAGCCGUUUUAGAUCUGACUUUGCCAUAGCGACAUUCUUGGGAAUAUGGUUCUGCGAUAUCAGGUGUCACAAUGUUUCGCUUAAAUACUAGUCAUUGUGUCUAGCAAAAAUAUUCGGAUUAUAUUGUAUGAAAUUGAAAAAAAAAAAAAAAAACAAUAUAGCCGUAUUUUCCUGAGCAAACCAUAAAAUUUUUGAUCAACGAUCAUAAGGAAUUCCAAUGCGUAUCAAUGUCACCAAUUGAUACAACUGUUCCAUAUCAAUCUGGUCAUACACUCAAAACAAGUAAAAAUUGCCCGACUGGUUCUUCUUAAACUUAUGAAAGCCAUAAAUAAGUGCCAAAGAUACUAUUCCGUUGAAUGUAAUGUUAUUUAUAAGAUUGUUGUGUAAACUUUUUUUCAAUUUUUCAAAACAGACUCGUAAGUGUAUCAAUAAAAAUUGGUAGGAUCUAGUCAGUGAUAAGAAAAUUUUUAAGUCAUAUUCAGGUAACUCACAUUUAUUAUUGUAUUGUCUGAUCUUAAUAUAUCAUUUACCAACCAAAA